UUGUUCUUUGGGCAACUGCUCGAAUGGGGCACAACAGAACUGUCAAUCGUGUGAUCAAAACACAAUUUACCAAUAGGCGCGAGAAGUUCAGGCGUUUUAUUGUGAGAAAAUCCAACCUGAGUACAAGAAGACAUUAGUCUGAAGCAACAUUGAUAAACGAGGACACCUAGCACUCGACUCCAGAAAGUUCCAGAAAGUGCAACAAUUCUACGAAAUAUGUUAUAUUUUACACCCUUGUCUUGAGGCAAAUGACACGCGAAAUGAGUGGCAAAAGUAUAAUUUAUCUUGAUAAAAAUGUUCCACCGCCUCUUGUUCCUUUGUCUAAUGGUCACGCUCGAGCCAUUCCGACGAGCUACGUUGCGAAUUGUAGGCUUUGCCUUGGUACUGAAUUUGGGAACAGAUGUACAACCAUUAUUGACGAGUCGCUAAUUACCAUGAUGAAGCAGGUGUUUCCCAUCGUGAUUGUGAACCAGAUAGGGCUACCGAUGAAUGUGUGCACCGAAUGCGUAAAGACGGUGGAGGCAUUUUACAUGUUCAGCAGUCAGGUGUUGGCCAAUCAGAACAAACUGUCAGAAACCUUACCUAAUAACCUACGACCGGAACAAAAUAAUGACGGUGUGGAGUGUAGAGAAAAUCCGAUCCCGACCCAAAAGGCACAAGAAAACGUUCCACGCGAGGAACCUGAGGAACCGGAGGUUCCGAUUGAUUCUGAUUUGUUGAUAAAAAUAGAAAAGGAAGAUGAAGAGCGAGGUGAACAACCUGACCCACUGUCAACUGCCGAAGAUUGUGGGAUUGUGUUCGAAGUAAUCGAUGAAAUACCGGGCAUCAAGCUGGAAGAAGAGGCAACUUACCCAAUGGAGGUAAUAUCUCAUGCCGAGAACGAUCCACAAUCGAUGGAGAAAACAACAAACCCGCUUGAGAUAAAAUCUGAUACCGAUAUAGACCCACUACUGAAGGAGACAACAGCAAACUCAAUCGUGGUAAAACCAGACGCUGGGAUAGAGUUACAAUUGGAAGUGAAGGAUGAAAUUGAGAUCGAUCCGCCAGCUGAAGGAAUAGAAGACAGUGAAGAUCAACCGCGUGAUCCUCUUUCCAGACCACAGCCCAAGAAACGACGUAAAAAAUCAGGACCGUCUCGAGUGAUUCAUUACUGUCCAACGCACGAUUACUCGAUCAAACUGAAGCAAAUGAAGAGUGCAUCAGACCUAAAUGAAUUUAAUCAACGGCUAGAAGACGAAACGUUCAUGAAGCAGGUGAUCAAUUACUUGCAGAUCGAAACAGGAGAAACUAGGGCGGAUUACCUGAUGAAUAAAUCGUUGGACCUUCUAUUUAACCGACAAUUCCUUACACAGUGCGGCUGGCGAGGGCGCAAAAGUGUAUCGCUUCCUGGGUAUAGGAAAAUUCUAGAACUGUUCAGUAGGUUGGGCGCGACGUCCGGAGUAAACUUACCAGGAUGCAAAGUGCGUGACUAUUUUAGCCUUAAAUGCAAAAAUGCAAAGCGACGAGCUAACCAGCAAAUGUUAGGAAAGGUGGUCGAUGAACAGCAAAGUGAAUCAGAGGAUGAAAGCACAGAACAAACUGGUGGUAUACUGCCAGCUUCCUUCGCUGGCGAACAGCCUCACAAGCGACGUAUACCGGAUGGGUCGGUGCGAGUAGUUCCGCUUUGUUUAGCACACACUGGCUGCACGUUCAAUCUGAAGCAGGUUAGCAGCGAGCCAGAGCUAGACGAAUUUAAUCGUCGACUACGAAACGAGGAAUAUAUGAAGCAGGUGAUAAACUACUUGCAGUUCGAGACGGGUGAAGAGCGGUCCGAUCACUUGAUGAAUAAAUCGCUCGACAUUCUUUUCAAUAGAAAAUUCCUGGCAACCUGUACCUGGCGAGGGAUUAACGGAAAAAUACCUUUUGUGGUGUAUUCGAAAGUUCAAGAGUUGUUCGGCUGGCUGGGUGCGAAGGAUGGGAAGCGAUUAUUGGGAUGCACAGUUCGGGAUUAUUUCAUUCUUAAACUGAAGAAUGCAAAGCGACGAGCCAUGCUAGGAGUACAAAGCCACGAAAUAACGGGUAUUGGUAUAGGUACAACAUUAGAAGCAGAACAUAGUUGUUGUAAAUGAAGUGAGUUACAAAAGAAAACCGGAACAACACUAAAUGCCCGCGAUACAGUACUACAGCUAGUUGUUGAAAUAUGGCUCAACAUUUGACUACCGUAUGCUAUGCGACGAUGAAGAGAUCUAUGGCAAAUCACAAAGAUUAUUCGUGCUAUAGUUUGUAUGAAAAUAAAUGAUAGAAAUGCAGCCAGUGCGUUGUAAUUGAAAACAAGUUUGUUGUUAACAUUUUAUAUACACAGCCAGCAACAGGUUGUUGUAUUUUUUUCUUCAGACUGUUCCAUAGCCAUAUGCCAUUAAAUAAUCCCUACCUGAUGCUUACUUAAUGAAAAGAUUACUAUGAGUCACUGAACAUUUAACUUCCUUUAUAGAACGGGAAAAGAUUGUAGACUAUAGUGUUUAAGCUCUAGCAUUCGAGCACCAUUCGAGCAGCACAACAGCUGACAAAAUCAUUAAAUAGGCACGUUUGAUGGCGAAUAUUUGCACUUCUAUCGUCAAUAAAAGUGAGUUUCCUCAACACAA